AUGCUUUUGAACCAAUAUACUUUCAGUGCUGAGAGAUGCACUACUCCUACAUCGAUUUCUCAUCCUCCUUUGGCAUGUCCUACAUCUCCACCACCAACAAAUUCAUUAAAUAGAUACCAGCACAAACCAGUCACAUUGGCUCCAACUGUCGAUCAUGGUUGUGAGAUAAAUGGAACCACCAUAGAUUGUAUACCUAAAGAUUCCAAGUUCUACCAACUAAUCAUGGAUUUGAAACAAUUAUUGGCUGGUAAAGGAUUAAGCAAUGAAGAUAUCGAUGUGGAAAAAGUCAAACAAUUAAUGGCUGAUUAUGAUUCAAAUGAAAUCGAUUGGCAACAUUUGGCUCUUCAUGAUCCAUCAAGAAAUUAUUCGCGUAACGGUAUUAUCAAUUUGAAUGGUAAUGCCAAUUUGUUAAUAUUGGUUUGGUCUCCAGGUAAAUCAAGUGCCAUUCAUGAUCAUGCUGAUGCUCAUUGUUGUGUAAAGAUGCUUGCUGGUGAAUUGAUCGAACAUUUAUAUGAUUUCCCAGAUCAUGAAGGGGAAGAAUUACAAUGCAGACAAGAAACUAGUAUGAAGAGAAACGAUGUUGGUUAUAUCAAUGAUUCCAUUGGUUUACAUAAAAUGUCAAACCCAUUGCAAAAUCGAGUUAGUGUUUCGUUACAUUUAUACACUCCUCCUUAUGCUUCUAUGUAUGGAUGCUCAAUGUAUGAAGCAAGUAGCGGUAGAAAACACCAUGUUGACAUGUCCAAAUACUACAGUUGGCAAGGACAAUUGGUUAAUGAGAAAGAAUCUCUGACUUGUUGA